CAUUUUUCGCUCGCGAACGAGGGAGAGAACUUGUAGUACUUUUCUCUUCUCGCUCGCGCUCGCAUUUUCGUUCGCGUUCUCGCUCUCGCCGCGAGCGCUCGCGAGCGCCUCGUGCUAACCGUUCGUCCCAAGCUAGCAAUUUGUUUAUCAGGCUUAUGAAUAUGAACCAGGCGAUGGUAUAGAGGUGUAACUUCAAUCGCUGUGUUGUUUUUUGUUCGUUUCUAACACGUUUAACUCCUCGCGAACGGGCAAUUCUGGCUCGCGAGAAAGCCCGUUCGCGAGCGGAGGAGAGCACGGGCAAUCGGUGAGUUUCUCUCGGCAGCUCGAGACUCGCGGCGAGAACUCGAGAGAGAGAAAAUUUUCUCGCGAGAGCGCGAUAAUACCAACACUGAAUUAAACAAUUAGACAAUUAGGGGAAAUAUACCCAUUCGACCGUUCGACCAAUUCUCAUCACUUUUGCCGUUUUCCGCUACUAAAUCAACAUUUUCAGAUGUAUCAACAAUGGAGAGUUGCUUGCUCACUUUUAUUUGAGCUAUUUAUUGCUUUGGAACAGCCAAAAACACUUCAUGAAAGCUGUAAUUCAUGAUCAAAGUACUGAUAGGCCGAUAAUAGAAAUAGGCUGAAAAAGGGUAUAGUUCCCCUAUUAGAUUUAUGAAUAAAGCUGAACGCUCAUAUUUUAAAUUUUGGCUGUAAAUUUAUCUUUACCACCUUUAUCAAAAUUUCCGUAAUAACAGAUAUCUCAGUUUGACUAAACCUCAAUUUUUUUUGUUUCAGAAUGCAGGUUUCAUUGACCAAGUUCAUCUGCACACAAACCAUCUCAUAGCUUAACCGAUCUCAAUCCGCAUGUGCAGAAAGAAAACUACCACGUUCAGCGGAGAUCAACGCUUCGCGCAAACAACAUCAGUUGGAUAGUUUAGUACUAAACGCGACGAGCAGUCGUGCGCUGCUUGCUUCCGAAAAUUGAAAUUUCCUCAACGAAUUACUCAUCCUUGAGCGAUUCUUGGCGCACAGGAAGUUUUUACGUAAUAAAUAUUAUUCGAACAUUUUCAUAACGCACAAUGCUGCGGUUGAUGUUUAGUCGGGCCCAAGUGUUCCUCAACCGGUAUCCGGUGGCUCGGGGGAUGGUCACGUACAGUUUCCUAUGGCCCACCGGAUGUCUCAUUCAGCAGUCUCUCGUCGGAACGCAUUGGAGGGACUACGACUGGACGAAAUGCUUUCGGUUUUUCGUGUACGGAGGAUUCAUCGUGGCGCCCUCACUUUACUGUUGGAUUCGGCUGGCCUCCAUGAUGUGGCCCGCCCAAACGCUCCGAUCGGCGAUAGCGAAGGCAGUUACCGAGCAAAUUAGUUAUACGCCGUUGGCGAUGAGCCUUUUCUACUUUAGUAUGAGCUUGCUCGAGUCCAAAACGGUUAAGGAAUCGUUCGCCGAAGUCAAAGCCAAAGUACCGCCAACGUACAAGGUUGCCAUUUGCAUUUGGCCUUUACUUCAGACGUUCAAUUUUUCUGUUGUGCCGGAAAAGAACCGCGUUCCCUUCGUCAGCAUGUGCAGUUUGCUGUGGACGAUUUUUCUCGCCUACAUGAAACAGCUGGAGCUGGAGAAGCUCCAGCAAAGCAAGUCGCUUAUUCCAAAGUAACGUUUCAAAGUUUUUAAGGUUUUGUAUAAAUAGUUUGUAAACUUACGUAAUCAUGUCUAAUAAAACGUUCACGACUCGUUCAGCACCGACGAGCUGCCUUUGAUGAUCAC